UUUCAGAACUUGACAGAAAAGUUGCUGAAGAAAGAACUUGAUUAUACCCAGUUAGAGGAGAAGUAUAAUGAAGAAUCUGUGAGUAAGAAGAAUAUUCAAGCAACCCUUCAUCAAAAAGAUCUAGAUUGUCAACAGCUGCAGUCAAGAUUAUCUGCAUCUGAAACCUCACUGCAGAGGAUACAGGCAGAACUAAGUGAAAAAGGAGAGGCUACUCAAAAGCUCAAAGAAGAAUUAUCUGAAGUAGAGACCAAGUACCAGCAUCUUAAAGCAGAGUUUAAACAGCUACAACAACAGAGAGAAGAAAAGGAGCAGCAUGGGUUGCAACUCCAGAGUGAAAUUAAUCAAUUACAUAGCAAGCUUUUGGAGACUGAGCGCCAGCUAGGGGAAGCCCAUGGUAGGCUGAAAGAGCAGAGACAGCUUUCAAGUGAAAAGUUGAUGGAUAAAGAACAACAAGUAGCUGAUUUACAACUCAAACUUUCUCGUUUAGAAGAACAGUUGAAGGAAAAAGUAACAAAUUCCACAGAAUUACAGCAUCAGUUGGAUAAAACAAAGCAGCAGCAUCAGGAACAACAAGCUCUUCAGCAAAGCACUACAGCUAAACUCCGAGAAGCCCAGAAUGAUUUAGAGCAAGUACUACGUCAAAUUGGUGAUAAGGACCAAAAGAUCCAGAACCUUGAAGCCUUACUCCAAAAGAGUAAAGAAAAUAUUUCAUUACUUGAAAAGGAAAGAGAAGAUCUUUAUGCAAAAAUUCAGGCUGGUGAAGGAGAGACUGCUGUUCUUAACCAGUUACAAGAAAAAAACCAUACAUUACAGGAACAAGUAACUCAACUAACAGAGAAGCUGAAGAAUCAAUCAGAAAGCCACAAACAAGCCCAGGAGAAUUUACAUGACCAGGUACAAGAGCAGAAGGCACAUCUCAGAGCUGCACAAGACCGCGUGCUUUCCCUAGAAACCAGUGUCAAUGAAUUAAAUAGUCAAUUAAAUGAAAGCAAAGAGAAGGUCUCUCAGCUUGACAUACAGAUUAAAGCCAAAACUGAAUUAUUGCUGUCAGCAGAAGCAGCGAAAACCGCUCAAAGAGCCGAUCUUCAGAAUCAUUUGGACACAGCUCAAAAUGCACUACAAGAUAAACAGCAGGAGUUAAAUAAGAUCACUACACAGUUGGAUCAGAUCACUACGAAGUUACAAGACAAGCAAGAACAUUGCAAUCAGCUGGAAAGUCAGCUUAAAGAAUAUAAAGAGAAACACCUCUCUCUAGAACAGAAAGCUGAAGAGCUAGAAGGGCAAAUUAAGAAAGUAGAAGCUGAUGCUCUUGAAGUUAAAGUGGGCAAGGAGCAAGCUUUGCAGGAUCUACAGCAGCAAAGGCAGCUGAACACAGAGUUAGAAUUUAGGAUUGCAGAAUCGAGUAAACAACUUGACAUGGAGAGAGAAAUAGUAUCCAGUACAAAAUUGGAUCUACAGAAAAAAUCUGAAGCCAUUGAAAAUAUUAAACAAAUGCUUACUAAACAAGAGAAGGAAAAUAUUAUCCUGAAAGAAGAAACUGAAAAGUUAAGUCAAGAUGCAAAGAUGCAGCACAAGGAUUUGAAUGACAGAAUUCAAACAGCACUAACAGAACUAAAAGAAGUGAAGAUAGAGAAAGAAACUCUAAUUACAGAGCUUUCUACAGCAAAAGAGAAAUUAACAAAAGUUUCAGAUUCUUUGAAAAACUCCAAAAGUGAAUUUGAAAAGGAAAAUCAGAAAGGAAAAGCUGCAAUAUUAGAUUUGGAAAAAACUUGCAAAGAAUUAAAGCAUCAACUUCAAGUACAGACAGAAAGCACACUAAAAGAACAGAAUGAACUGAAAAAGUCACUUGACAAAGAGAAGGAGACUUCUCAGCAGUUGAAGUUGGAACUCAAUUCAAUUAAAAGAGAAGUCAUACAGGCCCAAAAUACUUUAAAACAAAAGGAAAAGGAAGAGCAGCAACUUCAGGGGAACAUAAAUGAGCUAAAGCAAUCAACUGAACAGAAGAAAAAGCAAAUUGAAGCACUCCAAGGAGAAGUUAAGAUUGUUGUUUCACAGAAGACAGAACUUGAGAACAAACUACAGCAACAGUUAGCACAGGCAGCCCAGGAACUUUCAGCAGAGAAAGAAAAAGUAUCAGUGUUACAAAACACCUAUGAAAAAUGUCAGGAAGAUCUAAAACAGCUUCAAUCUGAUUUCUAUGGGAAGGAAUCUGAACUUCUAGCCACAAGGCAAGAUCUGAAGUCUGUAGAAGAGAAGCUUUCUCUAGCACAGGAAGACUUGAUUUCAAACAGAAAUCAAAUUGGAAACCAAAAUAAGUUGAUUCAAGAAUUGAAGACUGCAAAAUCUACUUUGGAGCAAGAUUCAGCAAAGAAAGAACAACAGCUGAAGGAGCAGAGUAAAGUACUACAAGAUAUUCAGAAAGAAAAGUCAAUGAAAGAAAAAGAAUUAAUGAAUGAAAAAUCUAAAUUGGCAGAGAUAGAGGAAAUUAAGUGUAGACAAGAAAAGGAAAUCACUAAGCUAAGUGAAGAACUCAAGUCUCACAAACAAGAAAGUGUAAAGGAGUUAACAAAUCUUAAGGAUGCCAAACAGCUUUUGAUUCAGCAGAAAUUAGAACUUCAAGGAAAAAUAGACUCCCUGAAGGCAACUCUUGAACAGGAAAAGAGAAACCAGCAGAUACUAAAAGAGCAGGUGAAAAAGGAAGAAGAUGAACUGAAGAAAGAAUUUGUUGAGAAAGAAGCUAAACUGCAUUCUGAAAUAAAAGAAAAGGAAGUAGGAAUGAAGAAACAUGAAGAAAAUGAAGCUAAACUUACCAUGCAGAUAACAGCAUUAAAUGAAAACUUAGGCACUGUAAAGAAGGAGUGGCAGUCUAGUCAACGGAGAGUUAGUGAGCUCGAGAAACAAACGGAUGACUUACGGGGUGAAGUCGCAGUCUUAGAAGCAACAGUUCAGAAUAAUCAAGAUGAAAGAAGAGCACUACUAGAAAGAUGUCUUAAAGGAGAAGGAGAAAUAGAAAAGCUUCAGACCAAAGUACUAGAACUGCAAAGAAAGCUGGAUAAUACAACUGCAGCAGUGCAGGAGCUAGGCAGAGAAAACCAGUCCCUUCAGAUCAAACAUACACAAGCAUUGAACAGAAAGUGGGCUGAAGACAAUGAAGUACAAAACUGUAUGGCCUGUGGGAAAGGCUUUUCGGUCACAGUGAGACGGCAUCACUGUCGACAGUGUGGAAAUAUCUUCUGUGCUGAGUGUUCAGCCAAAAAUGCCUUAACUCCUUCUUCCAAGAAGCCUGUUCGUGUCUGUGAUGCAUGCUUCAAUGACUUGCAAGGAUAACAGGUUAUCACAACUUCAAAGUGAUAUUACACUAACAUUAGAUUUUUAAUAAAUGUGCUUAAUAGAGGUCUUGGACUACUCUUUGAUUUGGACUCUGGUUCUGGUUGCAUACUAGACCAACUUAGAAUUCGUAUAUUUUGGAAUGUUACAAGUAUCAAGUAAAACUCUUCUAUUUUUGUGAGACUUGAGUUCAUAUUUCAUUAUUUUUUUCCAUUUAAUCCCUAGAACAAUUUUCAUGCCAAGUUCAGAAUUAGCCAAUGAAAUGUAAAUAAACUUUGGAAAGAAAAUAGCAAUGUAUUUUUUUAAAUAUAAUUUCAGUGUUCACAAAUGAUGAAUACAAUUCCACAGCUUACUUCUUUCUCCCAAAUUAUAUGUACAGAAAUGUAUAUGGUGUUGUUAUCAUGUGUUGCUGUUUUUGUUGCACAAUAACACAUUAAUUAUAUUAAAUAUUAUCUUUAUAGAGU